AUGUUCUCCAAAAAAAUCGCCGGUCUAUUUAUAUCUCGUCCUUAUUUCUUUCUUUUCCAUCUUUCUUACUUUCUUUUUUUAACUUUCUUGUAUUUCAUUCGUUUUUUCCUUCUUCAUUCCGUAAUCACUCUUCCAUGUUUUUCCUUUUUCUUUACUUUUCGCCGAUUUCUCAAUACAAUUUUUAUUCUUCUUUUUACCCCACUUCUUUUUUCGACAUUUUUCACGCCAUUCUUUUCUCAUUUCUUUCUUUUUUUUCUUUCUUUUAUUUCCUUCGUAUUUUCCUUAAUUUUUUUCUUUUUUAAGCCCUCUUUCAUUUUGUUCCGUUUUUCAUUAAGAUUUACUGAUUUGUUAUUACAAUUUUUAUCCCACUUUUUACCUCAUUUCUUCGAAGUUUUUUCAUGCCAUUCCCUUACUCAUAUCUUUCUUUCUUUCUUUCUUUCUUUCUUUCUUUCUUUCUUUCUUUCUUUCUUUGUCAUCAUUCUUACUUUUACGUCAUUCUUUUUUCUUUUUUUCUGCGAUUUCUAUUUUUCUUUUUUUUUUGUCAUCAUUUCUUUUCUGUCUUUCGGCAUUUUCUUUGGCUAUUUUACCAAUUCCCAAACCAUAAUAACAUCUAUCUAUCUAUCUAUCUAUCUAUCUAUCUAUCUAUCUAUCUAUCUAUCUUAUUUUCAGACAAAUGAUUUUAAUUAUCUAAUCCUUCAGUUGAGCCAGCAACAUUCAAUCAAACACUCUUUUGAAAUAAGUGUUGUCUAUCUAUCUAUCUAUCUAUCUAUCUAUCUAUCUAUCUAUCUAUCUAUCUAUCUAUCUAUCUAUCUAUCCCAGGCGGCCUUAAAACUAAAUAUCUUACAGUACAAUUUUAAGAGAAAAAUAAUUUGUCUACAUGACGGCAAAAAAUAUCUAUCUAUCUAUCUAUCUAUCUAUCUAUCUAUCUAUCUCAGACUGUUCAUAUCUAUCUAUCUAUCUAUCUAUCUAUCUAUCUAUCUAUCUAUCUAUCUAUCUAUCUUCAUUUUCUUUCCCAGACUGUAUCUAUGCAAGCCUCUAAUGCCUGUCAUUCUUUCUUUCUUUCUUUUUCAGUCAGUUGAUAUCUAUCUAUCUAUCUAUCUAUCUAUCUAUCUAUCUAUCUAUCUAUCUAUCUAUCUAUCUAUCCCAUUUAUCUAUCUUUUCAUUUCUUUCUUUCUUUCUUUCUUUCUUUCUUUCUUUCUUUCAUUCUUUCUUUCUAAUACCUGUCAUUCUUUCUUUCUUUCUUUCUUUUUCAGUCAGUUGAUAUCUAUCUAUCUAUCUAUCUAUCUAUCCAUCUUAUUCCCAUUUAUCUAUCUUUUCAUUUCUUUCUUUCUUUCUUUCUUUCUUUCUUUCUUUCUUUCUUUCUUUCUUUCUUUCUUACGUCUUCUACUGCCAUUUUUAAUAUCUUUACGUGGUUCCAUUACCAAUUCCUCCCAUUUUUUGUCUCUCCUUCUCUUCUGCCACGUUUUCAACCCCCCUCCUUUCACUCUCUUUUAA